UACAGUCACACAAGCUUUGAAAAUUCAAAAAAAUUCUGCCAUGAAAUGAAGAAAACAUGGGGGCCAAAGAGUCAAGGAUUGGUUUCCUCUCAUAUGACGAGGCAAUCAAAAGAGUCACAGAUGUUGAACUCAAACGGUUGAGGGAUGCUUUCAGAAGGACAUGCGGCCUGUCAUGCUACAUGAGUCAGCAGUGCUUCUUCAAGGAGGUACUGGGUGACAUGGUUCCCCACAAGAUUGCUGAGGUCAUCUACAGUUCAUUUGGUGGCACUUCCAAAGGAUUGCAUUUUAACAAUCUGAUAGUUGGACUAGUGCUUCUGACAAGGGGGCGCGAUGAGGAGAAAGCAAAAUACAUUUUUAGCCUUUUUGCCAAUGAGUCGGGCAGUUAUGCCACGCGCGAGGACAUGGAGACCAUGCUACAGGCCAUGGAUGGAGAAGUUCAUCCAUCACUCAGGAAGUUUUUCAACGAGGCGGAGAAAGUGAAUUAUGACAAAUUCAAAUGCUGGAUCCUGCAGAACAAGGACGCUUUCACCUUCUCUCGCUGGCUCCUGUCCAGCAGUGUGUGUGUAACUCUGACCGAUGAUAGUGACACACCCACCUUCUACCAGACCCUGGCAGGGGUCACACACUUAGAAGAAGCAGACAUCAUUGACCUCGAGAAACGGUACUGGUUACUGAAAGCGCAGUCGAGGACUGGCCGCUUUGACCUGGAAACCUUCGUUCCCUUGGUGUCCCCUCCCAUCCAUGCCUCUCUGAGCGAAGGCCUGUUCCACGCGUUUGAUGAGAACAGGGACAAUCACAUUGAUUUCAAAGAGAUCUCAUGCGGCCUGUCGGCCUGCUGUAGAGGCCCUUUGGCAGAGAGACAGAAGUUUUGUUUUAAAGUAUUUGACGUUGACCGGGAUGGAGUCCUGUCUCGAAAGGAAAUCCAUGAGAUGGUUGGUGCAUUAUUAGAAGUGUGGAAAGACAACCGCACCGACGCUGUACCUGAGUUGGAAUCUAGUGUACCUGACAUUGUGGAGGACAUCCUGAGAGUGCAUGACACUACCAAGUUGGGCCAUUUGACACUUGAAGACUAUCAGAUAUGGAGUGUGCAGAGUGCACUAGCUGAUGAGUUCCUCAACCUUUUGUUUCAGGUGUGUCACAUUGUGCUGGGACUGCGGCCUGCCACCCCUGAGGAGGAGGGACAGAUUAUAAGGGGAUGGUUGGAAAGGGAGAGCAGACAUGGCCUGCAGCCUGGAGACUACUGGUUUCUCAUUGCCACUCAGUGGUGGCAGCAGUGGAAAGACUACGUCAAAUUUGACAACAAAUCAAUAGUGAUGGAUCAGCCAUCUGUGUACGCGGCUGGCAGGAGUCCUGUUUCCGUCGGCGGGACAGAGCAGGGGAGCGAAGGGGACGGAAUGGUUAGUUCUCACUCUUCUUCGGAGGAGAAGUUCUCUGACAACAUCUCGAGCGCCUCUGAAGCAUCCGAGACCACGAGUGGCAGCCUUCUUCCCUCAAGCUCCACUGCCACAGAUAUCUGCUUCCCCAGACAGCCCGACACCUCAGACACAGACAGCCAGAGCUUCCUAGGGGCUGAUGGGAGCGUGACAGCCCUGAGGCCUGGUGCCAUAGACAACCAGCCUCUCGUUACCUCAGAGCCACUAAAGGCUCCUACACUGACGAUGGAAGGAGGUUUAUUGAAGCGCUCCUCCAGCCUGGGUCUUGGUCGGGACUUUGAGAUAGUUCCCGAACCUGUGUGGAGAGCUCUGUACCACUGGUACGGAGCCAACCUCAGCCUGCCACGCCCGGUCAUUAGAACCAGGGAGGCGGAGCAAGCCGAGCUGGAGCUUUUCCCCAGACACCUGCUGUUCUUACGGCAGCAGCCCCCCGUCCGCACGCCCCAGUCAAACGUCUGGGCCAACAUGGGUACCGUGCCCUCCCCGAGUGCUCCUCUGAAGCGAGUGCUGAUGUACACGGGCUGUUUCAGUCGAGUGGCCACCAUAAAGGACAUCCACGAAUACCUGGCCCAGAGACUCCGCAUCAGAGACGAAGACAUGAGACUGUGGCUCUACUUCAAUGAGAAUUACUUGACUCUCCUGGAUGAUGAGGACCAUUCCUUGGAAGGGCUGAAGAUUCCAGAUGAACAGUACAUGGUUAUAGAAGUACGGAACAAAGACAUGAGUUGGCCUGAGGAGAUGUCCUUCUUAGCUAAUAGCAACAGGAUAAACAGACACAAAGUUCCCACAGAGAAAGGAGCAACAGGACUGAGUAACCUGGGAAACACUUGCUUUAUGAACUCAAGUAUUCAGUGUGUGAGCAACACUAAGCCUCUGACAGAGUACUUCACCUCAGGAAGUCACCUUUAUGAGCUCAAUAGAACCAAUCCGAUUGGGAUGCGUGGUCACAUGGCUAAAUGCUAUGGUGAUCUGGUACAGGAAUUAUGGAGUGGUACUCAGAAGAGUGUGGCCCCACUGAAACUAAGGUGGAUAAUAGCUAAGUAUGCCCCACGGUUUAAUGGCUUUCAGCAGCAGGACUCACAGGAACUGCUGGCUUUCUUGCUGGAUGGUCUUCACGAGGACCUGAACCGGGUCCAUGAGAAGCCCUAUGUAGAGCUGAAAGACAGUGAUGGGAGACCAGACUGGGAGGUUGCAUCUGAGGCCUGGGAGAAUCAUUUGCGAAGGAACCGUUCUAUAGUGGUGGACCUGUUCCACGGUCAGCUCAGGUCACAGGUCAAGUGUAAAACCUGUGGACACGUCAGCGCUCGCUUUGACCCUUUCAAUUUCCUCUCCCUACCUUUGCCGAUGGACAAUUCCAUGCACUUGGAGAUCAUAGUAAUACGGCUGGAUGGAUCCACACCAAUUCGGUACGGACUCAGACUCAAUGUGGAUGAGAAGUAUUCGGGUCUGAAGAAACUGCUCAGUGAACUGUGUUGUCUAAAACCAGAGCAGAUUCUUUUAGCUGAGGUUCACAUGUCCAAUAUAAAGAAUUUUCUGCUGGACAGUCAGAAGGUACGGCGGGUGGUCAGUGGGUUUCUGUGUGCGUUUGAAAUCCCACUGGCUGAAUCUCCUUUAUCUGUCUCCUCCACCGAGGAAACUGCCAAAGAGCCCCCUAGUGUGGUGGAUGGGAAUAGCACCACAAUCUCUAACGGUACUUCUCUGAAGAUUGACGUGAUCCCCACAGGCAUGCCCAGCACUGUGGUGCCCAGGGCCACUGAGACUGGCCUUGCCAACGGCCUACCCAAUGGGCAUGUGUUACCCCCUCCUGAAACCCCUUACUCUGGAUUCAUCAUCGCCAUCCACAGGAAAAUGAUGCGGGCAGAGCUCUACUUCCUCUCUGCUCAGAAGAACAGACCCAGUUUGUUUGGCAUGCCUCUGAUCGUACCAUGCACCGCGCACACCCGUGCCAGAGACCUGUACGACGCGGUGUGGACGCAGGUGUCUCGGCUGGCCAGUCCGCUCCCACCGCAAGAGGCCAGCAACCACGCUCAGGACUGUGAUGAUAGUUUGGGUUAUCAGUACCCCUUCACGCUCUGUGUAGUACAGAGAGAUGGGAACUCCUGUGCCUGGUGCCCAUGGUAUAGGUUCUGCAGAGGUUGUCCCAUAGAAUGCAGUGAUGCUAUUGCUACUGUGGGGAACUGUUGCAUAGCUGUGGACUGGGACCCCACCGCCCUGCACCUCCGCUAUCAGACAUCACAGGAGAGGAUGGUGGAGGAGCAUGUGAGUGUGGAGCAGAGUCGGCGUGCCCAGGCAGAACCCAUCAGUCUGGACAGUUGUCUGAAAGCAUUCACCACAGAAGAGGAACUGGGAGAAGACGAGCUUUACUACUGCUCCAAAUGCAAGACCCACAGACUGGCCACCAAGAAGCUGGACCUCUGGAGGCUGCCUCCCAUCCUGAUCAUCCAUUUGAAGCGGUUCCAGUUUGUGAAUGGGCGAUGGAUUAAAUCUCAAAAGAUAGUGCGGUUCCCUCGGGAGAAUUUCGACCCAAGCGCGUUCCUGACUCCGCGGGAGACGGAUCAAAACCAGCAGGGUUGGAGAGACGGGCUAGGGGAGGAGCUAUCUGAAAUGGGCGGAGCAUCAAAGGCUGUUUCCGGGGACGGUUUGCCCAGCCCCUCGCCAACCAUCAGUAACAUCAAAGAUUCUCCUGGCUCGGGACGGCUGUCCAGCGCCCCCCUAAGCCGAGACUGCAGUCCUAGCUGCAGCCCCAAGGGUGACGGCCGAAGACAAGCGCGAGGUCGUCCUCUUCAGCUGGGAUCCAGACUGCAGCUUUCUCUCAGUAAAGAGAGUCUGGACAGUGGUAGAGAGAGCCCCAUGGAACUUGAGCCUAGUGCUGGAAAAGCAGAAGCCCACAGCGACGCGGAAGUUACGGGUCUGGACUCAGCAUUGGGAGAAGACACUGGGAGGGACUGUGACAACACCAUGUCCGUAUCUGAACUGGAAAGCAACGGCUGCACUGAGGACAGCAUGGACCUGGAUGCCUCUCAGGACCAAAGAGAACGAAUCUGUCUGGAGCCCAUUUAUGACCUGUACGCGAUAUCGUGUCACUCAGGGAUUCUAGGAGGUGGCCACUAUGUGACGUAUGCCAAAAAUCCCAAUGGGAAAUGGUACUGUUAUAAUGACAGCAGCUGUAAGGAGCUGAGCUGUGAAGAAGUCGACGCUGACUCUGCGUAUAUCCUGUUCUAUGAGCAACAGGGUGUGGACUAUUCUCAAUUCAUGCCAAAGACUGAUGGCAAAAAGAUGGCAGACACCAGCAGCAUGGAUGAGGAUUUUGAGAUGGACUAUAAGAAAUACUGCGUCCUCCAGUGACGCCGGCGUACUGUGCAAUGCUUCUGCUUCGUUGGUCAGUGUCCAAGAUGCAUCAAGUGCUCAAACCAUUGGAAAGCCAGAGUCUCUCAGAUUGAGAGGAACUAAUUACUUUAACUUGUAGCAGAAACAUGGCUUUUU